AUGCUGGCCAAAUCUCUUCUUACCAUGGUGCUCAGUGCCGUGCUGGCCACGGCAACUGUUGAUCCAGCCACUACUAACACGAAGGGAAAGUGUCCGGGGACGUAUAAUUGUUCUGCCGCCAAAACAUCCACCGCCAUCCAAGCCGCCGAAUGCUCCCACAACACUCGUACUUCCGGAACCCAAACCUUCGCCGUCUUCAAAACCAACCACGAAUACGACUCCUCCUACGGCGCGCCCUACGGCACCUGUGCCGCGUAUACCUGCACCGCGCCCACGGAUAGUGAAAUGACCGAUGAGGAUGAGGAUUGUUGGACGUUUUUUUGGAAUGAUAACGGGGAGUCCUCGGGUUCUGGAACGGGAUGUAUUCGGAGUCCGGAGGAUGGGACGUGUGGGUGUGAGGAUUCCGAUGGGACGUUUGUUUACGGGGGGAGUGAUUGCUCCUAG